UUUCUAAUUUGUUGCCAUCAAAACAAGUGAAAAUUUACUAGACAAUUUUUUCAGUUACACUGUUUUUUUAUAAAAAAAGAUUGUGAGAAUUUUUUAAAUUAACUUUUUAAUAAAACUAACUAGUCAAUUAAUAUCAUAUAAAUCUAUAACAAUAUUAAAAGUGAUUAUUCUAUUAGAGUAUAAGUAAAAUUUUUUAGGGAAAAAUUACAGGAGAACACCACAGACAGCACAAUAGCAGCAGCAAGGACAUCAAGUAUAACACACAGGCAGACAUACCGAUACGAUAGACAAAACAUUUAUUGGUUGUUAAGGGUGAGGGUGGCACUACUCACAAACAAACAACAACUUCAUCAUCAUCACGACUAUUGGCAAUUAACGAAGAACUAAUAGCAGGCUGACAGGCAGUCAUCAAACACAAGACAUUCUGGAGAAGGGGAACGACGUUCAAAUUUGAAUAGAAGUGGUAAAUAACGAAAACAAACAAUAGCUAAAGAAGUAACGCCACAUUAAGUCAAGUGUUUAAUAAAAAUAAUUGGAUCUUAAACAAAGAGAGAUAUAGAAUAAAUAAUCUACUAAAUUUCAAAAGACAGAAAGCUUAAGCAAUAAAAUUCACAAGUGUCCAACACACAUGCAAUACAAUUUUCUUUUCUUGGCACUAAAAAGUAAAGCAAUUCAAUAAAUUUCUGUGUUUAGCCAAACUAAGGGCGUACUGGGAAGUUCUAAGCAAAUGUUUUAAAGUUUAGUAAACAACUUUAAACAUUGUUUUAUGGUCUUUGUUGAAUAUCAAUAAUAUCGUUGAGGAUUUGUCAUAUUUUGUAAUUUUGCCAGAAUGAGAAUACACUUUCGUGAACAGUAUGGUACUAGAGGUGAAGAAAUACUCUAUGUUACACCAGCCGAACAAAAAUCAAUUGUCCGUGUACCAUUAAGGAGUGACAAUAAAGCGGUUAUACAUGAAAAAUUCUUUUUAUACCGUUUAUUCCAGCAAAUAUUCUUGCCCAAAGGUUAUCCCGAUAGUGUAAGUGAUGAUUAUGCUGCUUAUCAAAUUUGGGACACUGUUCAGGCAUUUUGUAGUACUAUUUGCGGUACUCUCUGCACACAUGCUAUACUAAAGGGUCUCGGAGUUGGUAACGAAAACAUAAAUGCCUAUUCAGCUACAGUAACAUGGAUUUUAAAAGAAGGUAGUGGACAUUUAGGACGCAUAUUAUUCUCUUGGUGGAAAGGUGCCCAGUUGGAUAUAGAUAGUAAAAAGUGGCGUUUAAGAGCAGAUUUUCUAAAUGAUUUAGCAAUGGGUAUAGAAAUUUAUGUGCUUCCAAAAUAUACCCAUUUGGGUACACAAAUUUUAUGUGGGACAACUGUUUUAAAAGCCAUAGUAGGAGUGGCAGGUGGCGCUACUAGAGCAGCUUUGACUCAACACCAGGCAGUACGUGGUAAUUUGGCUGAUGUCAAUUCAAAAGAUAGUUCGCAAGAAACUUGUGUAAAUCUAAUAGCCUCAUUUGUGGGUUUAUAUUUGUUAACUGCCAUUAAAACUCCAGGAGUACUUUAUGGCGUUUUUUCAGUGGUCAUUUUAUUACAUUUGUAUGCCAACUUAAAAGCGAUUAAGUCUAUAUGUUUAAAAACUUUCAAUGAAUCUCGUUAUUUGAUAGCUUUAGAAGAAUUCUUUAGAUCUGGACGUAUGCUAACACCAAAACAAGUAAACAAAUUGGAAAGAGUUACCUUGGGCCAAACUGUAUCCGUAUCGCUAAACAUACGUUUAGGUUUAUCCAUUAAACACUUGAUAGAUGAGUAUCAACAAAGUCAUAUUAUUGAUAAUAUUGUUUCUUCAUUUGAUCCUCAUGAACAUUUUAUUAUUGCUGAAAGUAAAAUUCUAGGAGUGUAUUUUCAUUUUGAUACAAUGCCUCAGGAUGUAUUGAAGGCAUAUUUCUUUGCCGUAUCUUAUUUACAAGAUCGCAAUCAAAUUAAGGAAAAAUACUGGGAAGUACAAAGUAAAUGGCAAGAGUUUUAUAAUUUGGCACAACAAGAAGGUUGGUUGACCUCACAACAUUUACUAAUGGUAGAUGAAUAUCGUUUGAAUUGGAAUGCCUAGAAUUAUCAUCAACACUACUAAUAUAGUAAGUAUGUAUGUCAUUUACCAAAUAUCUUAAAUUGAUUUUAAAUAUAAAACAAACAAUAUUAAAUAGCAUUUUAUAGUAAUAUAAUUUGAUUAGAUUUAUAAUUAUUGAUAUUUAAAAUAGAUUUAAUUAUUUUUAAAUUCAUAGUACAAUUUUUUAUUAUUUAAAAUAAAAACAGUUAAAAAGUGAAAGAAUGCAAAAUUUGGUUUUAUAAUUUCGAAGUAAUUCAAAUAACAAUUCGAAUAUAUUUUCUUUUGCAUUAAAUUACGGCAACAAUCUUACCUAUUUGUUUCUAACUAUUUUUUUUUUAAU